ACUUGAUCUUCACCACAUGCGGAUAUUGGCUUGUAUCCCCUCUCGCUCUCGCCCUCUGUCACUUGCUGUUUGUCGUCAAAUUUUCUAUUAUAAUAGACUUAGUAUUUGCACAGCCCACCAGCAAUCUUUUUGCAACGUGGCCAGAAUCAUAACAAUUACUUCUUCAUCAAAACUACCGUCUUUAGCCAAACCGACGAGACCAAGCCUAAUCAUCAAAGGGCACCGCGAAUUGUCAGCUAUGUCUGAGAAAAACACUGAAGAUUUCCCUGCUGAAAGUCCUGGAUUCGAUUUACAGCUCCAUGACGAUCCAGAGGACUUAGAGAAAGUCUGGGACUACGAACCUGGUGGUCACCACCCAGUCCACCUGGGCGAUCGACUUGGCGAAGGGAAAUACAAAGUGAUUCACAAACUCGGCAAUGGAGGAUUUGGAAACGUCUGGCUAUGUCAGAUCCUGGAUCCAACGCCCAAAUAUGUGGCACUGAAAAUUCUCAUGGCUGAUUUAUCAGGUGAUGACUGUAAGGAGCUGAAAGUCAACAAAUUAGCUGAGAAGAUUGACAAUGACUCGAUUUGUCUGCCACUCGAUCAAUUUAAAGUCAAAGGCCCAAAUGGAGACCAUUGGUGCUUUGUAUAUCCUCUGGCUGGGCCGAUGAUUUCUUCUGCGAUCCGGACGUUUGAGGGGGACGAGAGGAUAUUGCGGAGGCUUGCGCUUCGAACUGUUAAGACCUUGGCUGCAUUGCAUGAUAUUGGCGUUUGCCAUGGAGAUUUCACACCGCAUAAUGUACUCCUCCGUAUGACGGGUCUUGAUGGCCUGUCAGAGGAAGAAGUUAUCAAAAUAUUGCACAAACCAGUAACAGCCGACGUCACCACCUACUCCGGGAAGCCAUUGCCAGAGAGUGCAGCAAGAUACCUUGUCUAUCCCAUCAGUUUUAUAUCUGUUGACCGUCAGUACUUCACUGAUCAGAUAUACAUCAUUGACUUCGGCGAAUCAUUCAAUGAAUCAGACCCACCGGAUAAACUGGGAACUCCAAAAAGCUACUGCUCGCCUGAACUCCUUCUUGGUGAAAAGCCUAGCAUUGCAAGUGAUUUAUGGGCACUUGGCUGCACAUUAUACGGCAUUCGAACUGGAGAAAAACUGUUCAACAUGUUUGACGACGAGGCCGAUGAAUACAUCUACUACAUGGUUUUGAUGUUAGGGGUUUUACCCGAGCCAUGGUGGUCAACAACCUGGAAAGACCGGCGGAAGUGGUUUAAAGACGAGCCGGAUUCCGAAGGACGUGCAGUUCAAGUCCCUGAUUUGAACGAUAAAAUGGCUAUCGAAGACCGACUUGGGGGUGGGGAUGUCUUGAGGGAACUACCCGAUGGAAGGCUUGUUCAAGCAUGGGAUCCCGGACUUCCAGAAGAGGAAAAGAAAAUCUUUAUUGAUCUGCUGAGGAAGUUAUUUCGGUUUAAACCAGAGGAGCGGUUGUCCACAAAGGAGGUCCAAGAGCAUGAAUGGUUCAAACUUGGAAUAUGAAUUGCAAUCAGAGAGCAAGGUAGCGACCUAAAGACAGUACAUUAACAAGUCUCCGUCAUCCUCAGAAUAAUCUUCAUCAUCAGAGAUUUUGGUGGCACCUCGAAGACCAGCAAUCCUCCCAAGGUUCCACGGCAACAUCAUCAAGCCCCAUGGAGGGGGACGAUGUGUAUAUUAUUAUGAAUUAUCGUAGCAAAUAGAUGACUAGAGUAAAGAAUUCGCCCUGAUAGUCCAUAACCACCAUUUUGCCCAGUCUCUGAGUAAAAAACUCAAGCGGAGGCCGUAUGUCAAAAUGAAGAGCAUCUGCAAUUGCA